AUGGGUCGCCAAUUCUUCGUCGGAGGUAACUUCAAAAUGAACGGCUCCAUCCAGUCGAUCAAGGAUAUCGUCGAGAACCUCAACAAGGCCAAGCUCGACCCGAACACAGAGGUCGUCAUCGCACCCCCAGCCCUUUACCUCCUCCUCACACGCGAGCAUCUCCGCAAGGGCCUUGAGGUCGCGGCGCAAAACAUCUUCGACAAGCCCAACGGUGCCUUCACCGGUGAGAUCUCGGCUGAACAGCUAAAGGACAGCGGUAUCACCUGGGCCAUCCUUGGUCACUCGGAGCGUCGCCAGAUCCUCCAAGAGAACGACGACUUCAUUGCCAGCAAGACAAAGACAGCCACCGACAACGGUCUUGGUGUGAUUCUGUGCUGCGGUGAGAGCCUCGAGCAGCGUGAGGCGGGUGAGACCGUCAACGUUGUCACCAAGCAGCUCAAGGCUGUUGCCGACAAGGUCAAGGACUGGAGCAAGAUUGUCGUUGCCUACGAGCCCAUCUGGGCCAUCGGUACCGGCAAGGUCGCAACCACUGAGCAAGCACAAGAGGUCCACGCCGCUCUCCGUGAGUGGCUCAAGAAGGAGGUCUCAGCCGAGGCUGCCGAGAAGACCCGUAUCCUGUACGGAGGCAGUGUCUCGGAGAAGAACUGCAACGAGCUCGCCAAGCAGGCCGAUAUUGACGGUUUCCUCGUUGGUGGUGCUAGCUUGAAGCCUGCCUUCGUUGACAUUAUCAACGCCAACCAGGCAUGA